AUGUCUGUUGUUUCUGCAGGUACGGAAUCUGAAGCUGGCCGUGAUACUUGGGCUCCUGCUAGAGUCAAUUCUACGCUCCGCCUUCCCCUCACACUUCUGGCUCUGUCUCUUUUGAUGCUGGCAGUAAUCUUGAAUGUCACCUCGUUAUCGUCCGCUUUGCCGACCAUCUCCCAGGAUCUCGGACUGACUUCCGUUCAAGCCUUCUGGGCAGGAACCUCGUCUCUGAUAUGCUCGACUACCUUCCAGCCUGUAUAUGGCUCCCUAUCCAGCAUCGUCGGUCGGAAGCCGAUGAUGCUGAUUGCGAUUGUGUCCUUCACUGCGGGUACCGUGACUGCGAGUCGAGCGUCGACCGCCACGACCUUGCUUGUUGGUCGUAGUAUUCAAGGGCUGGGAGCCGGUGGAAUCACCAAUCUCUCCGAAGUCAUCCUGACCGACCUGGUGCCGUUGCGGCUGCGAGGACGAUACCUGGCCGGGCUCAACUCAGUGUGGGCUAUUGGCUCAACAUCUGGUCCGGUGGUCGGAGCUGCCUUGGCACAGGAGGUAGAUUGGCGAUGGCUCUUCUACAUCAACCUUCCCCUCAUCACCCUGGGACUCACUCUGAUGAUCCUCUUUACGCGACUGCAGCCCCUGCCAGUCUCCCAGCAACACAAGCCGGGUGGAAUUGACUUUGGGGGUAUCCUGCUGUUCACCGGGGGUAUCACUUCCGUAUUGAUCCCCGUGACGUGGGGAGGAGUGAUGUACGCCUGGAGCUCGUGGCACACGCUCACGCCCUUGCUCACUGGUAUAGCCGCGCUGGUCUGCUUCGUGACUUACGAGGGCUUCUACGUGCCCGCCAACCCCGUCAUCUCGCUAGCCCUCUUCCGCACCCGGUCUCUCCUCGCCGGCUACAUCGGCACGAUGACCCACGGCCUAAUCCUCUCCUGCGGCCUGUACUACCUACCCUUCUACUUUCAAGCUGUCAAGGGCUACACGCCAAUAAUCUCCGGCGUCGCCCUCUUUCCCGUAACUUUCACCGUCGUCCCCGGUGCCAUGGCGACGGGCAUCCUGAUCAGUCGACUGGGCCGAUACCGGGCCCUUGUCUGGGCUGGCUGGCUCGCCACCACGCUGGGGCUGGGACUCACCUGCCUCGUGCACGUGACCACCACCAACGCCCUCUGGAUCGUAUGUCUAAUCGUCAUCGGCUUAGGUUUGGGCAUGCUAUUCUCCGCCCUCAAUCUGGCCGUGCUGGCGGCCGCCCCGAGCCCGACCCAAACCGCCGCCGCCGCCACGAUGUUCACAUUCUUCCGCGCCCUCGGCCAGACGCUAGGCGUGGCGCUAGGCGGCACCAUUUUCGCCAACCGCGUGCGUGCCCACACGUUGGCCGACUCGGUUCUCGAGGCCAUUCGCACGCAUACCACCACGAUGACGAAUAACCACCUGGACCCAGUCGCGCUCGUGAGUCUGAUCGAUCAGAUCCCCGACCCCGAGACAAAACGGCAGAUCCGUACAGUGUUUGUGGAUAGUCUGCGCGUGGUGUGGGCCUUUUGCUGCGCGAUGAGCGGCGUCGCCGGGUUGCUGAGCCUCGGGAUGCGGCAUUACGAGCUGGCGCGGCGGGUGGGCCUUCCUCGUCCACGUUGUCCGAAUCAGACGGCCCUGGAGCUGGAUGGUUGUACUGAGUCGAGGCAGGAUCCGGUGACGAUGCACCCUUCCUCGGCCAAGGGGAUUCAUACUUCGCUGCGGUCGAUUCCGGAGUCGGAUCGUGGAUCGCUGUGA